AUGGCAGGCCCCACACGCUCUCCGACCUUGAUCCAGAUCCGGACCGAGUCGAUUUCCCUUUCUUUCCUUCCUUCUCUUCCUCAAUUCCCUCGGCCUCGCUCCUUGCUUCCCCCUGUGCUGGGCAGGCCUGCCCAGCUGCCCGGCUGCCGUCCUGCUGUUCAAUCACCGGAGGAGAGGAGAGGAGAUCCAUCCGUCGCACCUCUCUUCUUUUGCUGCAUCAUGUCGGAGAUGAAGGACUCCACUGCUGCUGCUCUUGAUGGAAAUCCUGAACCUAUGGAUCAAACUGAAGACAAUUCUAUGCCGUCAGCUCAGCAACAGGAGGAAGCAAUCAAGAAGAAGUUUGGAGGACUAAUGCCCAAAAAGCCACCACUCAUCUCGAAGGAUCAUGAGCGGGCCUACUUUGAUUCUGCUGACUGGGCUCUGGGAAAGCAAGGUGUUGCCAAACCCAAAGGGCCGCUGGAGGCACUUAGGCCAAAGCUGCAGCCAACACGCCAACAACAGCAGCAACGUUCAAGGCGCUCCAUUUACACUUCGUCAGAAAACGAGGAUGGAGACGGUGCUGGUGCUGAAGAUAUGAACAUCAACUGAAGUAGCCUGGAAUCGUGCUGUGUUAAGUUGUUGGAGAACAUUGCGUGAAUUGAAUAUUGAUUGAUAAGAAAAAUCCUGAUCAUCAAGUGUUGUGGUACUGUUUCCAUACUAGUAGGUUAAUUAGUUGAACCAAACAUUUGAUAUUCCUGCAUAAAUACAUGGAGUAUUUAUUUUUGGAUAAAUAUAUGUCAGUUCUACA